CGGAGCUGCUGCGCCGCGUUCCGGUGUGCUGUAUCUAACCACCCGCACGCAAUCAAGCAUCAGAAAUCAGCGCGUCAGCGUGCUACCGCCGGACGCCAUUUUCAACGACGCUACCGGACUACAGAGUACAGAAUCGUUACUCGUCAUCUUUCAUGCCCUCGCCGCCGCCUGAAUUUACAUUUUUACUCGAUCGUUGUUGUCCCGUCACUCGUCAUUCUUUGCCACCAUGGACAACAGUUCUGAACGUGUUCCACCGAAUGACCCGCCCGCACAGAAUGACAACAAUGUUGGCAACGGCAGUGACAACGACUAUAAUGUCGACAACGGCAAUGACAAUGAUAUCGCCAACGACAACGAUGUCUCCAAUGACAACGAUGUCGGCAACGAUAACGACAACGAUGUCGGCAACGACAACGAUGUCGGCAACGACAACGAUGUCGCCAACGACAACGAUGUCGGCAAUGACAACGAUGUCGCCAACGACAACGAUAUCGCCAACGACAACACCGCCGGAACAACUGGUAUUAUGCCUUCUCCAAGUCAUAAGCCUGCUUUGCCUUCUCUAAGUUCAAAAAGCAUCACAAAAUCACUAGAGUCUACUAUUCCUAUCUGUGAUAUGAAAAUGUAUGAAAAUCGUCUGAAGUCAUUUAAAAAAUGGCCAUCAGAAUGUAUUACACCUGAUAAAUUGGCUAGGGCUGGGUUUUAUUAUACAGGCGUACAAGAUAAAGUGAGAUGUUUAUACUGCCCAAACGGAUUUGAAUGCUGGGGAAAGGAUGACGAUCCAUAUAUUGAACAUAAAUUGGCAUCUCCAGAGUGUCCAUAUUUCAAGGAAAAACUAGAUCACAAAUCUGAUGUUUUGACGACUUAUAUUCAAAAUUUCUUACGUUCCGUUGGUAUUGUGACAGAUGCAAAUAUGAAAGUUCACUCAAAUUAUAAAGCAUUAACCUCUUUGGAAUCUCGUAAGAAAACAUUCGAAACAUUCACAAAAAAACUAACCCAUGAUGUUAAAACUUUUUGUAAAGCUGGGCUAUUUUAUAUAGGUGAAAACGAUAGAAUGUUAUGUUUCUGCUGUAACCAAGGUCUGAUGGAUUGGGAAGUUGAUGAUGAUCCUUGGGUUGAACAUGCACGGUGGUCACCACUUUGUAGUUAUGUUCUUUUAAGUAAAGGCAAACGUUUUGUGGAAGAGGUUGGUGGUGAAGUAAACUAUAGUUUACGAAUCAACCUAGAGGAAUUGAAUAAGUUAUUUACCAUUCACAGACAUAUUGCAGUUGACAGCAAUACAAUGAGGAAUUUGGAAACAUUAACCGAAAGUAAUACGUUCAUGGACUUUGUGGAACCUGUGACAAUUAUACGUGUAACUCCACAAGAUCCAUCUGCACCUGAUUCUGUGUUAUGUAAAAUUUGCUUUAAAGAAAAAUUGGAAGUGCUUUUCAUGCCUUGUGGUCAUGUUAUUGCUUGUAUCCAAUGUGCAGUGACACUUGAUCUGUGUGCUGUAUGUAGACAGCCAUUUACUAUGACUAUGAGAGUUGGCCUUUAUGUUACUAAUCUAAAAGAAUUCAGUCAUUCUCCAUUCACCAACCAUUCGAAUGAACUAAUUGAUCCAGUUCUUUGUAAGGUUUGUUGCAAAGAAGAAAUGCAAGCUGUAUUUUUACCAUGUAGACACAUAUCUACUUGUUAUAAAUGCGCACCAAAAGUAAACCAAUGUCUGGUAUGUUUUGAGCCAGUAUAUGCAUAUAUGCAAGUGUUCUUAUAGCAUUUAUAUAAGAUGAAACGAUCUAAACCUAUUUAAGAUAUCAAAACAUUUAAAUAUACAAACAUAAAUAAUGAUUUUUUUUCCUUCAGUUUAAUAUUAGUUUGUUAAUUAUUUAAUAAGAAUUUAUAAUUGUAAGAAUCAAGUUAGAAUUAAGUGAAUGGAACAAUAUUAUCGUACUUGACUGAUUUUUUUUUCUUAAAUAUUGCAUUAAUUUUUGUUUAGGAUAAAUCAAAUUAUAACUGUUUAAAACCUGCCAUUUUUACUACUGUAUAAACUAUAAAUGUAUUGACAAUAUAUUAAAAAUAAAAAACUUGAUUUAAAAUCAAUAAGAAAAUAUAAAUACCUUGGGUACCAUCCAGUUCAUUAUUGAAAAGUAAAAAUAUAUUAGUACAUUUAAUAUCAAGUUAACUUUCUAUUCAAGUGUUAUAACCAAAAAUGUAUACAAUUGUAUUAGUAAAGUUAUUUAAUCGUUUUCUUGUACUUUACUUUAAUUGUAAAUUAAAUUAUCAUAUUAAAUGCAAAUUUGUAUUAAUCUUAGUGAAACAAUUUUAUAUGUCAGAACAACAGUUCUAUUAAGUAUUAAUAAUUAAGUUCAUUAAUUAAUAUUGACAUUUUAUAUUAAUACCUUUUUUAUAUGUAAGUAUAAUUUAAGACUGUAAUAUUAUUGUAUUGCCAAUAUUAUUUAUUUUUUAUUCCUUAUGAUACAUUUUAUAAAAAACAUUAAUUUGAUACCAGACAAGAAAUAUUCUUGAAAUGAAUAUUUCUUAAUUGCCAGCCGUUUAAAGUGUUUAAUGCUAAGUUUAUAAAAUAAGCUUUAAUUAAAUUAUAUAUUAUACCAUCCCUGGAUUAAUAAAUUGGAAAACGAAUUUAUUAUUUUUGAGUAGAACCCGGAACUUGAUGACUUAGAUGUGUUUUUAAAAUUAACAAAAAAAACUGUCUAAAAAUCCAUAAAGAAAAUAAUGUCAAAAAUGUUAAAAUUACUCAUGAAAUAUUGAUAUACAAAUUUUGUAAUUUAAUUUAAAAAAAUAUAUAUAAUUAGGUACAAUAGAUAAUUAAUUUUUUUUACAAGUCAACUUCAAUAGUUGGAGGAAGAACGAGUAUUUUAAAACUAUAUAAUAUAAUAUAGUCAUGAUGCAAAAAUUGAUCAAGUAAAAAUGUUUUUUCAAUUUGUCAAUUUUUAUAUGUUGGCAUCUAUGUUGUGAUGAAGCCAUGCAAAAAUUGGCCAACUGAAAAAAUAAAAUAAUUAUGAAUUAAUACAAAUUUAAAAUAAAAAAUGUAAAGUAAAAACUUUUAUCACAAUUUUUUUUACUUUUGGUUUAAUCCAGCAUUGAACACAAGCUUAAAAACAACAUCACGGUUUUAUAGUAUUUAAUAUUUUUGUGUUAAUUCUGUAGUCUAUUUAUAAUUACCAAUACCGGGAAUUUUAUAUUAGUAUCGUAAUAAAUAUAUUUUAUAAUUUCAAAUAGUUGUUUGUAUUUUACAUAAUAAAUUAAUUAAGUUUGGCUCUGAUGCAGUAUGCGCUCUAUCACAUAAUGUGUUCUACCAUGGUUCUACCACGAAUCAAGGCUGGUUUACCGCGUAAGCAUGAUUUAAAUGUAACUACUUUUGGACCAUCAUUAUUUUGAUGGAACUCUGGAUUUAUCUCCAAAUCUAUCUUAUCUUACCUAAUUUCUUAAAAUAAAAUCAUGUAUAUUGUAAUGCACUGUAUAUUUUGUAUUCAAAAAACUGAAUUAAGAAAAAUUAAAUGAUGUAUAUAUAUUUUAAAAUUAAUACUUCUUACAUACAUGUAUUUAACAAAACAAAAUAAUUUGUAUCAUGAAUGAUAAUAUAAAAAAACUAAUUAUUAAAUU